UUCAUGUGGACUUUCGGUCUUGUGGCCUUAAAUUGCGCGUUCUCGCUUAGUCUACGAGUCCGUAGGGUGUCCCAUCUGUCAUUUUUACGCUUUGAAGUGUGGUCAUCAGCGCCUCCUUUGCCCCCUUGAUGCGGUCUUCAGCGAAGCCCGCACUGCAGCAGGCUUCGCGCACUUUGCCAACCCAGAAGUCCUUGCGAAAGGGCAAUCAGACCAAUCAGGCGACGGAAGGGAGGAGUUCACGCUGACGGGCAACCUCUCUUCCUAUUUCCGGGGUGAUGCUCGAGUCUGUCCCAAAAUACGACUCCGGUGCACCCACGUGGACUCACAUCAAGGGUCCCUAAAGUCUGGACUACGUGAUGUCAUCAAAGUGUGGACUCUGAGGAGGACCACAAGUCCGGAGUGUGCCAUUUGGGACAGGGCCUAUAUUGACGAUCAACAAGCUGCAAGCUUUUAAACUCUUAUCUCUUCAAGAAAGAAGAUAUUUGAGACUUUUAAAGCUGUACAUGAACACAUUUGAGACUCAUUCACAGCUUUAAAAAAAACGACCAAUGGCAGAAUCUUCACCAACAUCACCAAAACCAAGACGGACCAGAAGAAAGAGUAUGGAGGAACAUCCAAUUUUGUCAUCCUCCAGUGUUUCUCUGUCUAAAGAGCUUCAGUGUUGUGUGUGUCUGGAUGUGUUCAGUGAUCCAGUCAGCACUCCAUGUGGACACAACUUCUGCAGGAUCUGUCUGAAACAGUGCUGGGACAACAGUCAGAUCUACAGCUGUCCAUACUGUAAAGAAACAUUCAGUAAAAGACCAGAGCUCAAGAUCAACACAACACUUAGAGAGGUCACGCUGAUCUUUAAAGAAAAGUUCAGUCUGAGAAGAUCUGAAGUCCUCUGUGACAUCUGUGAUGAAAGAAAACUGAAAGCCAUGAAGUCCUGCCUGAUGUGUCAGAUGUCUUACUGUAAAACUCACCUGGACCUUCAUGAAAAAUUUCAUUUAAAGAAUCACAAACUGCUGGAUCCUGUGGAGAAUAUAAAGGACUAUAUAUGUGAGAAACAUGAGAGACCUCUGGAGCUCUUCUGUAGAGAUGAUCUGACAUGUGUUUGUGUGUUUUGUACUGAUGGAGAUCACAAGAAUCACAACACUGUUCCUCUAGAGGAGGAGAGUAAAGAGAAGAAGACUCAACUGAUGAAGACACAGACAGACAUUCAGCAGAUGAUCCAGAAGAGAAUCAAGAAGAUUCAAGACAUCAAACACUCAGCAGAACUCAGAAAAAGAAGCAGAGAGCAGGAGAAAGCAGCGAGUGUUGAGGUCUUCAGUGAUCUGAUCAGAUCCAUUGAGAGAUGUCAGACUGAGCUGCUGGAGAUGAUGGAGGACGAACUGAAAGCAGAAGAGAAACAGGAUGAAGAUCUCAUUAAAGAUCUGGAACAGGAGAUCGCUGAGCUGAAGUUGAGAGACAGUGAGCUUCUGGAGAAGAUCACACACAGUGAAGAUCAUCUUCAUAUCAUACAGAUUGACCCAUCAUCCCUUUACAGAGCUCCAGACAUGAAGAACUGGCCUGAGAUCAGUAUGAAGACUCAUGUGAGUGUGGAGACUCUGAGGAGAGCUCUGACUCAACUACAGGAGACUCUCAAUGAGAAACUACAGGAGACUCUCAAUGAAAAACUCACUCAAACUGUGUUGAUGAAGAUGCAGCAGUAUGCAGUGGAUGUGACUCUGGAUCCUGAUACAGCUCAUCCAUAUCUCAUCCUGUCUGAAGAUAGAAAACAUGUGAAACAUGGAGAUAUUAAACAUAAACUCCCAGAUAAUCCAGAGAGAUUUGAUUACUGUGUCAGUGUCCUGGGAAAAGAGGGAUUCACCUCAGGGAGAUUUUAUUUUGAGGUUCAGGUGAAAGACAAAACUAACUGGGAUUUCGGAGUGGCCAGAGAAUCUGUUAACAGAAAGGGAAGAAUCACACCGACUCCUCAAGAUGGAUUCUGGACUGUGUGGCUGAGGAAUGAGAAUGAAUAUUUGGCCUGUGCUGGUCCUUCUGUCUCUCUGUGUCUGAAAGUGAAACCACAGAAGGUCGGGGUGUUUGUGGAUUAUGAGGAGGGUUUGGUUUGUUUUUAUGAUGUAGAGUCCAGGUCUCAUAUCUACUCUUUCACUGAUCAAACUUUCACUGAGAAAAUCUUUCCUUUCUUCAGCCCGUGUCCUAAUGAUGAAGGUAAAAAUUCAGCUCCUCUGAUCAUCUCACCUGUUCAUUACAACAAAUGAAUUCACAUCCAGAAUAUAAAAUACUAAAUAAAACUAAAGCUUUAUGAAUAUGAAUAAUAAAAAGUAAUUAUCUUUACACAUCUUUAAUAAUAAUUAAUAACACAUUCUUUUGUAAUGUGCAGAAUCAGAAUAAAGAGUUAAAAAUGGCAUAAAAAGUCAUUUUGUUUGGUUAAUUUGUUAAGUGCAAUGGUGGUUGUUUUAUGUAAGUUAACUCUAACUUUUAUGAUAAAUUAAUAUUAACUUACAAUUACAAUUAUGAAAUCUGAAAAAUUAUUUUCCAAUGAAAUGUUCUGUACCAAAACUGUUUAUUAUCAGAUUACUUCUAAAAGAACAAAGACGAAAUCUAAAUGAGGUUUGCUGAAGACAUGAUAUGUAAACAGAGAAACAUAAAUGUGUUUCUGUAAAGCUCAGUGGUAGAGCAUAACUUUUACUGUUUGAACACAGCAAACACAAAUACUGAUAAAAAUGUAUAGCUUGUAAUUCACUGUAAGUCGAUAAAAGUGUCUGCCAAAUGCAUAAAUAUAAUACAUAACAUAAAUGACAAGACUUACAUUUUUAGUCCUCUGAUAAUUAAUAGUGAGUAAUGUGACUGACUGACAGUAAUCUUUUACUGUAGCUCAUAGGUUGGCUCAUUUUGUCUCUUGAGGGGUCUCAUCUUAUUUCUUUAUGAUUAAUUGUUUACGUUCAUCCAAGUUAUAAGUUUCAGUUUUCAAUCAUGAACCUUGAGCUCUUGCCAAAGACUCUCAGAUGGACUGAGAUCUGGUGUCCUUUAAAAAGUUUUGAAUCAUUUUAGCAUCAUUCAUCUUUCAAUGAUUCUUGUUAAACUUUCUGGUGAUUUUUCUCUUU